CAAUGCUGUCAUCUCUUACAUCUCAUAUUUGUCCACGUUUUCGAUAGUUUCAUCGGGGGUUCCAUUGACUUUUUGACUCAUAUUUGUUUUAUUUAUUUAAUAAGAUGACAAGUCUAACUCCGGAACAGAAGAAGACAUUGAUCACCCGAAAUCUUCAAGAAGUCCUGGGUGAGGACAAGCUCAACACAAUAUUGAAGGAGCGUGAUCUGAAGAUAUAUUGGGGCACAGCCACCACCGGCAAACCCCAUGUAGCCUAUUUCGUUCCAAUGUCAAAAAUAGCUGACUUCUUGAAAGCAGGAUGUGAGGUAACAAUUCUUUUCGCCGAUUUGCAUGCCUACUUGGAUAACAUGAAGGCACCAUGGUCUUUGUUGGAACUGCGUACAAAGUACUAUGAAGCCGUAAUCAAGGCUAUGCUAUCUUCCAUUGGUGUACCUUUGGAAAAACUCAAGUUCGUCAAGGGAACCGAUUAUCAACUUUCAAAAGAAUAUACCCUUGAUGUAUACAGGCUAUCGUCGGUGGUAACACAACACGAUGCCAAAAAAGCCGGUGCUGAAGUAGUCAAACAAAUCGAAUACCCCUUGUUGUCUGGUCUCCUCUACCCAGGUCUUCAGGCUUUGGAUGAAGAAUAUCUCAAGGUUGAUGCACAAUUCGGUGGUGUCGAUCAGAGGAAAAUUUUCACAUUUUCUGAAAAAUACUUACCACAAUUGGGCUAUGAAAAACGUAUACACUUCAUGAAUCCAAUGGUACCUGGUUUGGCUGGUGGCAAAAUGUCUUCAUCCGAAGAAGAUUCUAAAAUUGAUUUGCUCGAUUCGCCAGCAAAUGUCAAGAAGAAGUUGAAGAAGGCAUUCUGCGAACCUGGCAAUGUAACUGACAACGGUUUACUGUCUUUCGUAAAACAUGUUCUGUUCUCAUUGUUCAAAGAAGGCGAAGGCUUCGAAAUUAACCGUUCCGAAGAAAAUGGCGGUGAUAUUACAUUCAAUAACUAUAACGAUUUGGAGCAGUACUUUGCUGAUAAUAAAUUGCAUCCAGCUGAUCUUAAGGCUACAGUGGAAAAGUAUAUCAACAAAUUGUUGGAACCUAUUCGCAAGGAAUUCGAAUCACCAGAACUUCAAAAAUUGAGUGCUGCUGCAUACCCUCCUCCAGCUAAAACUAAAGGCGGUAAUGCCGCCAAUGCUGCCGCACCCGAAGAAGAUGGACCCCAUCGCUUAGAUAUUCGAGUUGGAAAAGUAAUUGAAGUUCAACGCCAUCCUGAUGCUGACACUUUAUAUGUAUUGAAAAUUGAUUUGGCCGAAGAACAACCACGCACCAUAAUAAGCGGUCUUGUUAAAUUUGUUACUGUUGAAGAACUCGACCAACGUUUGGUAGCCGUCUUGUGCAAUUUGAAGCCCUCCAAAAUGCGAGGUAUAUUGUCUGAGGGCAUGGUUUUGUGUACUUCCAAUGAGGAUCACACUGUUGUUGAGCCCAUUAUUGUACCAGCAUCGGCUGCACCUGGUAGUCGAUUAGCAUUUGAGGGUUACAGUGGUAAACCCGAUGAUCAAUUGAAUCCCAAAAAGAAAGUAUGGGAGAAACUAUCUGUGGACUUAAAGACCAAUAACGAAGGUUUGGCUGUAUGGAAAGACAACUUCCUAUUGACUCCUGAGGGCGAAAAACUGUCUAGCAAAUUAGCCAACUGUUUCAUUAAAUAAAUUAUACGCAAUUUUAUUAAAACAACUCAAUGAUGCUUGCACUGGCAUUUAAAUUAUUUGAACAACUUAUUAAUUUAUUGCAAUUUUUAAUUUUUUAAUUUUGUACAAUUUUAAUUUAAGCUUCACAUUAACACAAAAUUCCAUUCUUACAAAAAUAAAUUAAUCUGCUUAUGCGAAAAUAGGCAAUUUAAGAAACAAAA